AGGUGUCCAGAUUCAUCCCCUUUGGAUCCCACGUUUUCCUCUCUCCCAAACUUAACUAUAAAAUCCACCUUUGAGUUCCAGACUCCAUUAAAAUUCCAUCAGAUUGCUCCAAAUCAAUCCAUUGUUUAUUCUUUGUUUUUUGGGAAAUUCCAAGUUCCCCAAAACUAUUGCCCUUUACCAGCCAACUCGCACCCACUAACUCUUCAUUAUUAAUUUUUAUUGCUAUUAUUAACCUCCAAUUAACAAUCAAAACUAGCACUCCCUGAAAGAGAGCCAUUUGUUGGUUCUCUACCUUCAAUGGCUUCCAUGGCGGCACUCUUCACCAAAACCCCGUAUCCUCCCCAAUCCCUCAACAAGAUUGCCAAUACCCAUUUCGCUCCAACCCGCAAAGCCUCCUUAUCUCUUCCUUUCGGCAGAAAAACACACCGGAGGCUCCGAGUUUCGUCCGCGUUGAUCGAGCCCGACGGUGGGAAGCUCGUGGAGCUUCUGGUGGAAGAGCCUCUUAGAGAUUUGAAGAAGAGUGAGGCUUUGUCUCUACCGAGAAUUAUGCUCUCGAAGAUUGAUCUUCAAUGGGUCCACGUGCUGAGCGAAGGGUGGGCGAGCCCGCUCCGUGGGUUCAUGAGAGAGUCCGAGUUCCUCCAAACUCUUCAUUUUAACGCGCUUCGACUCGAGGACGGGUCGGUCGUGAACAUGUCGGUGCCUAUCGUUUUGGCCAUCGACGACUCGCAGAAGCAUCGGAUCGGCGAGUCCACCCAAGUCGCCUUGUUCGACUCGGAAAACAACCCGGUUGCUAUUCUCAAAGAUAUUGAGAUCUACAAGCACCCUAAAGAAGAACGAAUUGCCAGAACUUGGGGAACCAAUGCCCCUGGCCUACCUUAUGCUGAUGAAGCUAUAACCAAUGCUGGGAAUUGGCUGAUAGGAGGUGAAUUAGAGGUUAUAGCGCCGAUCAAGUACCACGAUGGCCUUGAUCGUUUUCGAUUAUCUCCUAUAGAACUCCGUGAAGAAUUCACAAGGCGGAAUGCAGAUGCAGUGUUUGCAUUCCAGCUUCGAAAUCCUGUGCACAAUGGCCACGCUUUGCUGAUGACAGAUACCCGUCGUCGACUUCUUGAGAUGGGUUACAAGAAUCCCAUCCUCUUGCUUCAUCCACUGGGAGGCUACACAAAGGCAGAUGAUGUUCCACUUAGUUGGCGAAUGAAGCAACAUGAGAAGGUGCUCGAGGAUGGUGUUCUUGAUCCAGAGACAACCGUGGUUUCUAUAUUUCCGUCUCCCAUGCACUAUGCUGGCCCAACUGAGGUGCAGUGGCAUGCUAAGGCUAGGAUUAAUGCAGGGGCCAACUUUUACAUUGUUGGUCGGGAUCCAGCUGGCAUGGGCCACCCUGUUGAGAAGAGAGAUUUAUAUGAUGCCGACCAUGGUAAAAAAGUAUUGAGCAUGGCACCCGGUUUGGAGCGGCUAAACAUUCUUCCUUUCAAGGUUGCUGCAUAUGAUAGAACUCAAGGUAAAAUGGCAUUUUUUGACCCCUCAAGACCUCAGGAUUUCCUUUUCAUAUCGGGUACCAAGAUGCGGAUGCUUGCAAAGAACAAAGAGAACCCUCCUGAUGGAUUCAUGUGCCCUGGUGGUUGGAAAGUGCUAGUUGAUUAUUAUGACAGCUUGGUUCCAGAAAGCAAUGACAAAGUUGCUGAAGCUGUUCCAGCUUAGAUGGAAUUGUUGUACCAAACUGUAUGGCUUUCUGACUGGAGGAUACGAAACUUAUUUAUUCUCCUUGCGUGAUCCUGCCCUGUAAAAUCUCUGUCCAGAUCUCUAAUAAAAACCGUGCGAGGCACUGGUGCAGAGACCCAAUUUGCCUCCGUCUGUAAUUAGAGCGUCUGUCUUUGCAUGUUGCACUGCUGGAUUUGUGCAUGCAGGCGUAUUGUAUUAUAGUGAUUGUGUUUUGGAGUUA